AUGGCGAUUCCCACACAGUUAGCUUAUCGCACCUCCAAGGGCAUCGGGCUCUUCAAUGCUGCUCCCGUUUAUGAGCCUCUGCCGGGGUUUGUACGACCCGAAGGCAAUCUUCGCUGCUGCUGUUACUCACCCGACAGCAAGUACUUUGCGUGGGCGUCGCCUGAACAGGUUUCGGUAAUCGACGCCUCGGCCGGCCACGUCAUCACUACCCUCCCCACACCGAACGUCUUCGAGCUCGGCUUCUCUCCUUUGGGAACAUACAUCAUUACGUGGCAGCGGCCCUCGAAGGAUGAGGAGGGCAAUGCUGUAAAGAAUCUGAAGGUCUGGAGGACUGUGUCGGACGAAGCUGAAGACAAUGGAGAGCGUCCAGUUGUCGGCGAAUAUGUACAGAAGAAUCAGCAGGGGUGGAACCUGCAGUACACUUCUGACGAGAAGUUUUGCGCACGCGCUGUAACAAACGAAGUGCAAUUCUUCCAGUCAGACGACCUGCGGAACCCCUGGAACAAACUCCGUGUUGAGGGCGUAACCGAUUUCGCCGUGUCACCUGGCAAGAACCAUUCAGUUGCAGUUUUUGUCCCGGAGCGCAAGGGUAUGCCCGCUGCAGUCAAGGUCUUCCAAGUACCCCAGUUCGGUCAACCCAUGUCGCAAAAGACUUUCUUCAAGGGCGACAAGGUUCAGCUGAAGUGGAACGAGCUGGGCACCAGCCUGAUUGUUCUGGCCCAAACGGAGGUCGACAAAACGAACAAGAGCUACUACGGCGAAACGAACAUGUACAUCCUCAGUGCCAACGGCACCUUCGACUCUCGCAUCCAACUUGACAAAGAGGGCCCGAUCCACGAUGUUUCCUGGUCGCCAAACUCGAAAGAGUUCGGCGUCACCUACGGUUACAUGCCGGCAAAGACCACCAUCUUCAACCAACGUGCAGUUGCUCAGCACAGCUUCGACUUGGGCCCGCGCAACACCAUCAGCUUCUCGCCGCACGGUCGUUUCGUCAUCGUUGCAGGAUUUGGCAAUUUGGCUGGCGACAUGGACAUUUAUGAUCUUGAGAAGAACUUUGCGAAAGUGUGCACGGUCAAAGCCGCCAACUGCACUUACUGCGAGUGGAGCCCAGACGGGCAACAUAUUCUUACAGCAACCACUAGCCCGCGUCUCCGCGUCGACAACGGCGUACGGAUAUACCAUGUCAGUGGGGGGCUGAUGUAUAAUGAAGAGAUGACGGAGCUAUACCACGUCACUUGGCGACCACAGCCGACUUCCUCACAUCCUGUCGAGAAUGCUCUGAAGUCUGUGCCGACGCCCCAUCCCUCGGCUCUUGCAUUUCUCAGCACCCAGAAAACGCCAUCUAAGCCUGCCGGUGCUUACCGACCUCCUGGAGCCCGAGGAACCACUACGCCACUCCUGUUCAAGCGGGAAGACGAAGGUGGUGCAGCAUAUACCAACACUGGAGUUUCUUCCACGAACGUUGGCUUCCAGAAUGGGUUCGGAAAGCCUCGUCGCCGCGAAGUACCCGGUGCAGAGGCUGCAGAGACGCUUCCGCCUGGUGCUGCCCCUGGUGGUGGCGUCAGUUUGACUGGCGCUGUCGACGGUGAUGGAGAACUGUCAAAGGCAGCACUAAAGAACAAGAAGAAACGGGAAGCUAAGAAGGCCCGUGAGGCCGCCGACAAAGCCGCUGGCCUCGCUGCUGACGGUAUCAACCCCCCGACGGGACCUGCCAACGGCGGCCGAAGUCCGGAGCGUCGUAAUGAUCGCAGCCAACAACGCAGUCGUAGCAAGAACGGAAAUGAGGGCUAUGGCAAUCAAGCAAGCCGAAGUCGUAGCCAGAGCAAUUACGGCCGCCAACCAGGCGCCAGACAAGAGGGCAAUUAUCGACAGAACCUUGGCCAGCAACCUCUUCAGCGCGCUGGUUCUGGUCAAGCCCCUCCACUUCCGCCUCCGAUUCAAACCGAGAAUCAAGGUCCAGCUCCGGAUCUUACUGUAACGAGCCCUGGCGAUGCGAACCCUCAGGAUAAGAAGAUCCGUGGACUUCUUAAGAAGAUGCGGGCUAUUGACGAGUUAAAGAUGAGGCAGGCUGGUGGCGAGAAGCUGGAAGAUACGCAGGUCAAGAAGAUCGGCACCGAGCAUCAGAUCAAGAAGGAGCUCGAUGGCUUAGGCUUCACUGGUUAA